UGCUCUUUUUCAUUUGUUGUUUUUUCCUUUCAUUCAGUUGAUUUGUUAUUCUUUUCGUUUUUUAAUUUUAUUCAUUUUUUUUUCUUAAUCAACUAAUACAUUUUUUAUUAAUUUACUUGAUAGUUUCUUCAAUUCGACAAGUGUUUAAAUCGAUUGUGUAAAUAUCAUUAAUCUUUUCCUGGUGAUAUUUAGUAAAGAUUAGGUGACAACUGAAUCGAUUGGAUUUAUUAUCAUGGACAAAUUCAGUUUAGUUAUAUUUGGUUCCUCUGGUUAUACUGGAAUCUAUGUGGUCGAAGAGAUAUUUCGUUAUUUGGCUAAACAUGGACCUAAAUUUACUUGGGCAGUCGCUGGUCGAAAUGAAGUUAAACUUCGUGAGUGUUUGGCCACAUCGCUUGAUUAUGCUGGUAUCAGGGAUUAUGAUAUAUCCUCUGUCGAGAUAAUCAAUGCCGAUACAAAUGAUUACGAUUCUCUUGUCAGGAUGGCUAAAAAGGCUAAAAUUUUAAUCAGCUGUGUUGGACCUUAUCGGAGCUUCGGAGAGCCGGUAGUGAAAGCAUGUAUUGAAAGUCGAACUGAUUACAUUGAUUUCUCUGGUGAACCCCAAUUUCUGGAGGAAAUUCAGAUGCGAUAUUAUGAUAUUGCUCGUGAACGAAAUCUUUAUAUCCUUCCAUCCUGUGGAUUUGAUAGUUUACCUUGUGAUGUUGGUGUUGAAUUUACUAAAUCAAAAUUUCCAGGAACUCUUGACUCUGUUGAAACCUUUUUGUCCGGAAGCUUUAAAAAAGGAUUGAAAGCAAAUUCAGCUACAUGGGAUUGUAUAAUUGAAGGUUUCCACCAUUCCCAUGAAUUGAGGCCACUUAGACGUAAACUUUUCCCACAAGUUUUUGGGGACAUUCAACAAUUUAAAUCUCGAUAUCCGAUUGCGAGACGAGUUUUAUACCGAGAUGAAAAUAGUAAACUAUACAUUCCCUUUUUGGGCUCUGAUCGAUCAGUAGUUAAACGAUCUCAGUUGCAUUCUUAUAAUUUCUUCAAUUCGAGACCCGUUCAAAUGGAGGCUUAUACAUACAUGCCGAUGAAGGCAAUUUUCCAGGCCUUAAUCUCGGUAGCGUUGUUUAUGAUUAUGGUUCCAUUUCAAUUCGGUCGUAAAUUAUUACAUGACUAUCCAAGUUUUUUCACUUGGGGACUAUUUUGUCGUGGAGGUCCAUCCAGAGACCAAGUACUCAAUUCUUCAUUUGAAAUCAUCAUCAAGGGCAGAGGAUGGAAAGAGAGACUCGCUGAUCCCUUGGAACAACCAACAAUACCUCCCGAUGGUAAAAUUAUCACUCGAAUCACUGGACCUAAUCCAGGUUAUCCAACGGCGGCCAUUUCAGCUCUUUGUGCCGGUGUUACUUUACUGGAAGAACGCGAUAAAUUACCUGGAAGUGGCGGUGUAUUGACUCCCGGUGUUGCCUUUGCGAAAACCUCGAUUGUCGAUCGGUUAAGUGUAAACAGAAUCAAAUUUGAUGUUAUAUCAGUUUCAUAAAUCCAAAUUAUUUUUCCAAUUUUUAUCCAUAUGGGUUGAUGAUUGUUCGUGAAAAGCAUUUAAUAUUUUUCCAUCUCAACUAAAUUUAAUGAAGCAUUAAAUUGUUCACCAGGUAACUGUGAUAUUACCUCUGGAAAUAAAGUUAAUUUAAUCAAUGGAAUAAUAAAUUUCAUCACUUUGUGAACACGAAA